AUGGUACUACCAGUGGCCAGUGUGAUUUGUGGAUUAAAGCAAUAUGAAAGAAAGUCUCAUUUAUAUGAAAGACUGUUUGCCAAAGACGGUCUGGAAGAUGGCCUGGGAGACCUCCAUCUCCAUCUGCACUAUGGACUUCAAAUUGGCUGCCUAGAAAUCAACACGGAGAUGUUUUUAUGUUUCAACUAUUCCAGCCUCUGGUUUGCUGCCUGGCUUAGUGUCUUCUACUGUACCAAGGUUGCUAGUUUUACUCAGUCUUUCUUCAUCUGGCUGAAGCAAAGAAUUCCCAGUCUCGUGCUCUGGAUGCUGAUAACAUCAUCUCUUUUCUCCUUUGCAACCUCUCUUCCUUUCGCCUGGGAUAUCUACAAUGUGCAUGACAAUUUCACUGCUCCUUUAACCAUGACAAACUCUUCAGAAAGGAGAGUCACAAUGAAAGCUGGUUUGUUUUUAUUGAUUCUUCUCUGUAACGAUGGCAUAGCUUUGCCUUUAAUAGUCUUUGUUGUUUCAAGUAUCCUGCUGAUUAGGUCUCUGUGGAUACACGCCAGACAAAUGCAAAAUAAUGCAACUGGCUUCAGAAAUCCCAGCCUAGAGGCCCAUAUUGGUGCCAUCAAGUUAGUCUUUUCCUUCCUUAUCCUCUAUGUUACAUAUUUUAUUUCUUUUGUUCUCAUUUUAUCCAACAUUUUUUUACCUUUAAGCUAG